AUGGUUGGGUUUUUGAAAGUUAAAAAGGUUACUCUUAUUGUUUUAAACGACUUGAAUUUUGGGGGUGUUACACUGAAGAUGAGCCAUCAUCUUCAGGAGAAAACGAUUGAAGAAUUGCAAAUUUUGUUUGACAAACAAGAAGAUCCUGAUAGGCUAAACGAUAUCAUGAAAAUAAUUUUUGAGAAAGAGAUUGCUUCUGAUUAUGAAUUAGAGGAGAAUAACUAUAUUACCUUGGAGGAAGAUUUAUAUCAACAAAUGGGAUUAAUGAAGUUAGAUGAUCUAGACUUUCUACCUUUAGAAGUUGUCCAACAAAAGAUUGUAAACAAACUAGGUAAAAGGGUAAUGGAUAAUAACGAUGUUGGAGAAGAAAUUAGUAAUGAAAAUAUUAAUGUAAACAAUGUUAUCAAAAGACCUAGGUAUCAAGGAGAGAAGUUGCACAUGACCAAGACACAUACCCGGUUUAGUGUCAAGGUCAUGUUUAACCAAAUACCUAAACAAGAAGAAGUAACUCUUGAACCUAUAAGUCAAACUGGUUAUAAGCUUAGAUUAGAUGGUGUAAGGGAUAGACAAGAUAUUUUAGAUCAGUGGAAAAAGAGCAUGAGUAGUGUACUCAAUUUAAACACUGAAUGGACUUCUAGAAAUUUCUUAAACUAUAUUGAACAUAGUUUUUAUGGUUGUUUAGAAGAUUGGUAUGAUGGUAUAGAUAAAGAAGUCAAAACUAGUGAAUCCCCUACUAGAAUGUUUAGACAGUUAUGCCAAUACAUUGAGUUAGAAUUCAUUGAUCCUAGAGCUGAUCUUAAUGAAAAACGAAUGGAAUAUCAAAGAAAGUUAAGUAAUUUGUCCAUUUGUAAUAUGAAAUAUGUCGAGAACUACAUUAUGGAGUUUGAAACUUAUUAUUAUAAAAUUGGUGAAAACGAAACGAACCUUGGAAUGUUUUAUGACAAAUUACCAAGUCCUCUAAAUGAAGAAAUCAGUGAAAAAUAUCAAGAGUGGAAGGAAAAAUAUAUAGCUAGGGAUGCCCUAGGUAACCGAAUUGCUUCUUUAAGAAAGUGGAUUGAAAAGAAAUGUAGAGAAGUUGCAGGAACUCAACAAAUGAAGAGACAAUUUCUUACUUGUUGGGAUUUCCCAAAUAACUAUAGAUGUGAAUGA